AUGAGAUCCGGCGGUGAGUAUGCAUGCGUCGUGGUACGACGUCGUGUACGUCUUAUUUCAUGUCGAGCUGUGAAGAGAGGAGGAGGAGGAACAGGUUGUGGUGGCUGGCUGGCUGGCUGCCUUGACUCACCCACCACCAGCCAACCACUUUCUUUUCGGAAAAACGCCGACACACAGUCCAAGGACAAGUACGUCGUUGAAGCCGUCGAUCGUCGUCUCACACAAUGGGACGAGGGAUCUUCCAAAUAA